AAUAUCCACACAAGCUUUAAGUUUAAGAGAUCCAAAUCCUUUGUAAUAGUUUUCAUAUUUAAUUCUGAAGCAAAAGCUCUUAAGAGAAAAUGUCCUGCUGCGGAGGGAACUGUGGUUGUGGCUCUGGUUGCAAUUGUGGCAGCGGAUGCGGAGGGUGCAAAAUGUACCCUCAUUUGAGUGGAGAGGGGAUGGUCACCACCCAAACCAUGAUCUUCGUUGCUGCUCCCCAGAAGGGGAAAUUUGAAUCGUUUGAGGUGGCGAGUGGGGAGUGUGACAAAGGAGGGUGCAGCAGCACGUGCGGCCCCAACUGCAACUGCAGUUGCUGCGGAUGCAAAUAAGGGCGCAUAAAUAAAUAUGUUCAUGCGAGCUAAACUAUGGGGAGACAUAUAUAUAUAUUUGCUAUAAAUAAAUAUGUUUAUGCGAGCUAAACUAUGGGGAGACAUAUAUAUAUAUAUAUUUGCUAUAGUGAUGGGUCUCUGGUUCUAAUGUUAUAAUGUAUGAAUGGUUAUGGUUAUAAAAUAAGCGGAGAAAAGUGCUGUAUCCUGUGUUACUUUUUCCAAUCCUGUAUCAUUCUCCUUGAUAUAUAUUAAAUGGCUUUUAAUA